UUCGUGUAUUACUCAUUGUUUUGUCGAAAGUGGUAGUAGUAGGACGCAAUGGUGUUAACCACGUAUUUAUUAAACGACGAAGAAGUAGUGGUGACCGUUCUAGAACGUCAGAUGCUAGCGACGAAGGAAGUGGCUUUCAUUAGUAGUGGUGGAGGUGGUGGUAGUGAACGCGCGGCACACUUCGCGCUUCUCUUUGUAAAUUCUCACAGUAUCACGCACCACGGGUUACUCUCGCAGGUGAAAGAAACUGUUCGGUUCCGCGUAUCAUCCGCGGCCAAUUAUUCUUCCUUUUUUCUUUUUUUUUUUUUUUUUUUUUUACGAUUCUGCUCUGUGCAAACGUGUUUGUUGGAAAAUAGAACGUCCGAUGUGUUCAACCGCGAAAGACGGCCUCGGCCUUGCUACUGUUACCAGUGUACUAUGCCAUUGAGAGGGUCUGUCUGAACGAACGAAGAAUCAGAUUUCGCGACCUUUUCCGUUGCUCCACGUGCUUCGCAUCCUUUGGAUAUUUUAGCAACGUUUCUCGCUUUCAUCGGCUCAAUUCAAUUCCUUCACUGUUUUCUCGCAUAAUUCGUAAAUCAGAAUGUAUGGACCGAUUUUCUUCGUUUCCAUUCUUGGAGUGUUUCAUGAAAUUGCCGCUGCCUCGCAAUACAUUAACAAAGACCUCACGAAUCACUACAAUGCUCGUUUUCACGCUUACGAGGAACCGUAUAAUAUCGACUACACAUAUCAUAAUUACGAGCGAAUGAGCCGUUUUCUACGAACAACCUCUCUUCGAUUUCAAAAUCUCACUGCCUUAUAUUCUAUAGGAAAAUCAGUGAAAGGUCGUGAUUUGUGGGUAAUGGUUGUUUCUUCCUCGCCUUACGAACAUAUGAUCGGUAAGCCAGAUGUGAAAUAUGUUGCCAAUAUACAUGGAAACGAAGCCGUAGGUCGGGAAUUAAUGUUACAUUUGAUUCACUUUUUUGUUACAAACUAUGGAUCGGAUCCAUACAUUACGUGGCUCUUAGACAAUACUAGAAUUCAUAUUCUUCCAUCAAUGAAUCCUGAUGGUUUUGAAGUUUCAAAAGAAGGAUAUUGCGAAGGUGGUCAAGGCAGAUAUAAUGCACGUGGUUUCGAUCUGAAUCGAAAUUUCCCGGAUUACUUCAAACAAAACAACAAAAAAAGUCAACCAGAAACAGAAGCUGUAAAGGAAUGGGUUUCUAAAAUUCAAUUCGUUUUAUCAGGAAGCUUACAUGGAGGUGCAUUGGUUGCUAGUUAUCCAUUUGAUAACACACCUAAUUCGCUGUUUCAGAGUUAUACUUCAGCACCAAGUAUUUCGCCAGAUGACGACGUAUUUCAACAUUUAUCCCUAGUAUAUUCUCGAAAUCAUGGAUCUAUGUAUCAAGGACUGCCUUGUUCACCGUCUCAACCGGGAUUCAAAAAUGGUAUUACUAAUGGAGCUCAAUGGUAUCCGCUUACUGGUGGCAUGCAAGACUUCAAUUACGUGUGGAAUGGAUGUAUGGAAAUUACAUUGGAACUUUCAUGUUGUAAAUAUCCACCCGCUUCUGAUUUGCAAUUUUAUUGGGAAGAAAAUCGUAUGGCUUUAAUUAAGUUUUUAGCAGAAGCUCAUAGAGGAAUCCAUGGGUUUGUUAUCGAUGAAAAUGGAAAUCCUAUCGAAAGAGCAUCCAUUAAGGUAAAAUCGCGAGACGUUAGUUUUCUUACUACAAAAUAUGGUGAAUUUUGGAGAAUUUUACUGCCCGGAGUGUACAAAUUAGAGGUAUAUGCGAAUGGAUACCUUCCUCGUGAUGUAGAAUUUAGAGUAGUAGAACAACAUCCAACAUCUUUUAAUGUAACAUUAUACAGAGUAAGUAGACAUCCAGGGGAGGAUGAAACUGGUUCCAAUUUUUAUAAUGAAAAUAAAGACCAUAAUCGAGAUCACAUAAUACAUUUUCGACCACAUCCUGGAACUAAUACUGCAGCAGAAACAAACAGCGGGAUUUUCUCAUCUCUUAGUAAUGGAUUCAAUUCCUUCGUCAAUAAUUGGUUUGGGUGAUUAAUGAUAAUUUAGCGAAUAGCUAAUUUCUCGAUAUUAUUAUUAUUCUAUAAUAAUUUUAUAUUAAUCAGAGAAAAUGAUGAAACGUUGUUGAAAAUAUUCAUCAUUACUUGUUAUUCUAUUUUGCUACAAAUAACGAUAUAAAAUAAUAAUAAUAAAUAGUAAAUAGAAAAUAAUAAUAAUGAUAUCGUAUUAAAUGAAUCGUUUUAAUAAAUAACAAAGAUUCUUGAAAGAUACAAAGAAUAUAUAAGUUGACAUGUAGAUAUUAUAGUUCAAUGAAUGAAUUUCAUUUUUUAAUUUUGUAAUUCUAUCUAAUUUCAAUAAUUUAUUUUUUUGUGUCUUUAAAUUGAUUAUUUAUAAAUAUUAUUUAAAAUAUUAUUUAUUGAUAAAAAUGCUAAAUUAUAUAUAUUUCUAUCAUUUCUAUAAUUUCUCAGAAAAAUGUUAUUGUAUAAUAAUUAAUUCUUAUUAUAAAUAGUAUAUAUAACAUUUAAAAAAUACGUUUUUAUAAUUUUAUAGGGAAACAAAAUUAUAUCAUUAUUAAUAUUUAAAAAUUUAUCUUGUUUUCAUUAAUUUUUAUCUAAAUUCAUUUUUCUAAUUUCUUAAUAAAUAAGAUUAAAUGAUCUUUUAUUUAAAUGAAGAUCAACUCUCAUAAUUCAAAUUAAUUGAAAUAUUAAUUAUAAAAAAAAUCACAUUAUAAUCUUGAAUUAGAACAUUUGAAAUCUCUUUUUUAGAAUUCUAUUAAUAAAAAAUACAUGUAAAAAUAAUUUCUUCCAUAUCAUAAUGUUCCAUAUUUUAAAAAAUAAAAAUUUAAAAUUAUGUGAUUGUUGGAACAGAUGAGUAAUAUGUAUGUACUUAGUUUAUUUUAUAUUUAUUGUUUAUUUAUAUUUGAAAACUCUACAUGUACAUCUACAAUCUUACAUUAUUUCAAAAAUUCUAUAUGAAAUAUUUUCUAGUUCAUAAAUUUUCUCAUUGAAUACAUUCAAUAUAUAAUUCAAAUUCAUAUCAAAUUAAUUAAUUAUUAAUUAUUAAAAUUAAUUUUUAUUAUUUUUUAUUAAUAAUGCAUAUUAAUUAAUAAAACAAGAAAAUUAAAUAUUCGUUAAUUUUGUUUUUAAAACUAAAAAAUAUAUUAAUACAUAUAAAUUAUUUUACUCGCAAAUAAAAGAUAUUGAAAAAAAAAUUUUUAAUUGUAAUGUUUGGAAUAUAACACAUGUGAAUAGAAAAACGUAAUUUAUUAUACUUAAUUUCUCUUUUCUCAUAAAAGGCAUGCCGAAACAUUGUGCCUUCAUAUACGCUAUGUGACGUAUACUAUAUAUAUAGAUAAUUUAAAUGAUCAGUUUCCGAACUAAGAAUAAUAUCAAAAAAUAACCUUAAAAAUAUAUAAUAGUUUUUCAUUUCAAAAUAACAAAUUAUUUAUUAUUCUAAUUAUAUUCCAAUAUAUUUUUUUAUUUUUUUUUUAUAUAUAAAAUAUAAUAAAAUAAGACAUAUGAAUAAAAUAACAAUAGUUAAAAGAACUCGGGUAAAAAAGGGACCUGUUAUAUUUUUCUUUGCAUAUUAUAUACAUAUAUAUUAUAUUUAAUAUAUAUAAACAUAAAUUAUUAAUUAUAUUUUUUAAAUAAUACAUUGAAAAAAUGAAAGAAUUUUAAGCAAUAUAUUAAUAUUAUAUAUAUAUUAUAUAACAUGAUAUUUUAUUAUACAACCAUAUUAGAAGAGAACAUAUUUACUGCAAGAAUAAAAAUAUAAUUAGAGUAAAAAAGAAAUUGUUAUAUUAGAUAAUAGAAAAAUCUACUUACAUAUAUAUAUAUAUUUUAAAAGACUAUUCAAGUUUUUGAGAAAAUAAUAUUUUUUUAGAAUGUUUAGUAUUAAAAAAAUAAUAAUAAAAAAUAAAAAUAAAUAGUGUAGAUAAAAAAUAAUAGAUAUAAAAAAGAAUCUAUAAUUAAAUUAAUAAAAGCGCGCUAAAAUUUGUGUUAAAUUAAGAUUAGAUUAGAUUAAAAUAAUGAAACAGUAUGUGUUCAAUAAUGCAAUUAAUCAACAUUAAUUGCAAUAUAUAGAUUUUCACUGUAACAAAAAAUGUAGUUUCCAAUAACAUAAUCUGCUAAUAAAUUUGUAUAAAGUAAUUUGCACAUCGAAAUAUUAAACAAGACAAUUUAAUAUCUCUCUAGAAUUGUAAAAUUUUUACAAUUAAUUUAUUUUUAAAUAUAUAAAAUAAUAAAUAUUAAUAAUUAUUAUAUUUAAGUUUUUUUAAAAUAAUUUUUUUUAAACGUUAUAUAAAUAUUCAAUUAAAAAAAUAUUAUUUAUUUUAGUGAAUAUAUAGUAGAAUUAGUAUAUGAACAUAUAAAACAAAAAAUACUUAAUAAUUUAUAAAAAUAAUUCAUAAACAAUAUAAUCCUUAAAUAAUACAUGCUUUAAAACUAAUAUAAUAUAUAAAAGAAAAAUUAAGUGUUUAGAUUUAUUAAAAUAAAAAAAACAACAAAAAUAAAUAAGAUUUAUUAAAAUAAAAAAAAUAUAUAAAAAUAUAAAAGAGAUUAUAAAAUAUAAUUUAUUUAUGAUUUCUAUAGAAUUUUAUAUUAAAAAAAAAGCAUUUGAUUGAUAUUAUAUUUUAUAAUACAUCAAUUUAAAUGAAUAAAGAAAAUUAAAUUAUAAAAUAUAAUUUAUUUAUAAUUUAUUUAUAAUUUAUUUAUAGAAUUUUAUGUUUCAAAAAAACAUUUGAUUGAUAUUAUAUAUACUUAUAAUAUGUUAUUAAUAUUAUUAUAUACUUUAUAUAAUAAAUCAAUUGAACUGAAUAUAAAAAAACUUUGUAUUAUAAAUUAAAAUACAUAUCUACAUAAUAUAAAAAAUGCAACAAAAAUUUAUUUAUUAUAUAUAUGCACUUAAAGUUAAAAAAUAAAAAUGAUUAAGAGACGAGUAAUAACUAUUUUUAUUACAUUAUAUAUUAAUUUAUAAUAAUUUUAUAAUAUAUAAAUUGUUGUAUAUUAUUUUGUAAUUUUGUACUCUUAUACAUUAUACAUUUUUGUUUUUCUUAAAUGCAUCUAAUGAAAAUAAAAAACAAGAUGAAAUUGCUUUUAGUAUGGAUUUUGAUUUAUUAUAUUUUAUUAUUUUAUUAUUAUUGAUGUGAUUAUUCUAAUUACUAAUAUUUAUAGCAAAUCGAAAAUAAAAUUAUUUAAUCUCAAAUUUAAAUAUUUAAAUUAUUAAUUAAAUCAAAAACAUUUUAUAAGUUCUUAUUAUUUAAUAAAUCUUAUCAUAUAAAAUAUUAUCAUACAAAAUAACAAAUAUAGUUCAGAAUAACUUAAUUAAAUAUUUUAAUUACAAAAAUAAUUAAAUAAUAUUACUUAAAAAAAUUAAAAGAUAUUUUAAAAAAUGAAAUUAUCGUAUUUCAAGUUAAUAUAUUUCUUUUAAAUAAUACUAUUAAUUUUAUAAAUGUAUUCAAAGUAAAAGAUAUUAAUUUUCAAAUUAUUUUCGGAGCACUUAAUGAUUCAAAUUAGUUCAAAUUUAAAUUAUAAUGUAACUUAUAUAUAUUUAUAUCAUUUUACGUUAUUGAAAAUAUAUUGCAGUUUUUAACAUAUUUAAUUUUAUUUUUAUUAUUUUAUUUAACUAUUUUAUUUUAAUUUAAUAUUUUUGUUUAGAAUUAAAAAGAUGUAAAUAUUUAAUAUAUAUAGUAAUUAAAAAAUUUAUAGAUGCAAAAAAUUAUUUUAAAACCUAUUCGAAAAAAUAUAAAUUGAAGAUAAUCUUACAAAUAAUAAAUGGUUGAAUUUAUUUUACACAUUAUUUAAAAUUAAAUGUUAAAAUGUUAUAUUAAAAUAAUUUAUUAGUGUAUUUAAAUAAUACUUAUCUUCGCAUAAAAAAUUUUAUUUUUAACUCACAAAUUAUUUUCAAAAAAGAUAAAAUAAAUUAAAAAAUAUUAAAAUAUAACAAAUCAACAUUAUAUGUCUUAUGUUAUAUUAAAUAUAAUAAAUUAUACAAUUUGUAAAAAUAUAACAAUUCAUAUAUAAACAGUUUAUAUGCUAUUUUUAUAUAAUUUGUCUACUAUGAAUAUGACAUUUUUAUUUAUAUUUUUAUAGCAUUAUAUUGAUAUUAAUAAAAUAGUCAAAUCAUUCAAAAACAAAGUUUAUAUUAUGUAUAUAUACAUAUAUAUAUUUGACUUGAUAUAGAAAUUUAAAAAGUGGUUUCUUAAACCAAAAUAAGAUAAAAAUCAAGAAUAAAAAAUUUCGUUCUCAGUUUUAUUAUUAGAUUUAAAGAUAUAUUAUUAUUUUUUUCUAUUGUUAUUGACAAUUAAAAGAACGAAAAUUUAAGCAAAUCUUAUACGAACAAAUGUAAGGCAACUCAAAUAGCGAAGAACAUAAAGUUGUUAAAAAAUUCUUACAAGAUUAAAUAUCAUAAUCAUUUAUUCUAUAAUUUCUAUUCUAUGUCAUAAAUUGCUAUUCGUAUUCAUAUUAAGAUUAUUGUAUUCUUUCAGUUCGAUUGUAUAUUCUUUCAUAAAUACAUGAAGAUUUGAUUGCAUCGAAAGAUAUUUUUAAGUAUUAUAAUUAUUAAAAUAAAAAAUUUACAAUACUUAUUUUUAAUUAUCAAUAUAUAAAAAAUAUAGAAAAGCAAUUUUUUAUUUUUGAUUUUCAUUUUAUUUUGAAAUAUUAUUAGUAUAUAUGUAUAAUAUAGAAGAUAUUAAUAUAUUCAUGUGACAUCUUGUGAGGAUUAAUUAGCAAAACAAAUACAAAAGUUAGUACAUAAAAAUAUUGGUUUAGAUUUAUUUACUAUAUUAUAAAUUAUUUAAAUUUACUUUAAAUGAAGCAAAACGGAGAAGAAUAUAAUCAUCAUACCAUCAUUUCAUUCUUUUUAUCAUGCUUUAUCUAACACAAACUUAAAUUGCUUUUAACUUAAUAAAUAAGUCUCAACAAAUAUUGUAUAUUAACAAUUUGUAUAAAUUAAAUUAUUAUAAUUAUAAAUUAUUAAUUAUAAUAAUUAUAUUAACAAUUAUAUAAAUUAUAUAAUAUAUAUAAUAAUACUAAAAUUUUACAUUUAUUUUGGUCUCCAGAAAUGAUUAAAAUAUCCUAUGAAUAUAUUAAUUCGUUGUAUAAAUAGUAGACAUUAAUUUAAAAAUAUUAAGUAUUGAGAAAAUUUUAAUAAAUAAUUGUAAUGAUUUCGUUGAUAAACAGUAAACACUGCCUUUAUUGAAUUCGAAAGGCAUUGAUAUAAAUAAAUAUUACAAUUUAUUGUUUAUGUAUAUUGUAUCUUUUAUUUAAUGUAAUAAAUGUUUAUGUGAUAU